UUUAAUUUCAGUUCAAGUUAAAACGUUAAAGUAUUAACAAGUAAAAUAACAGAGAAAGAAAAUUUUCCUAAAAGGCAAUUGAUUGAAAACCAGAAUUUUUGAAAAAGGCCGCUAGUGAAGCUUUUCCAAACUUGAAAACUAAUUAACAAGAACUCUUUAAUAUUUAAACCAAAUAAGAAAAAUCUUACAAAAAAAAAAAAAAAACGUUUUUUGUUUUUCGUUUUAAAAUUAAAUUAAUUAAAUUAUUAUUGAGUGUGUUCUGCAAAAGAAAAUAAUUGAAAAACAUUACAAUAGAAUUUACAAUAUAGUAAAUACACAAGUGCCAUCAUACUCGAAUAAAAUAAAUAAAUAUAUUUAUAAUUAAAAAUCAUAUUAAUUUUAAUAAAAUACAAAAAAAAAAAAAUACAAAUAUAAGAUUAAAUUUGAAUUAGAAUAAAAUUGAUAAAAUAUUAAUAACUUGACAAAUUAGUUAAAGUUAAAAAAUAAAUAAAAUUCAGUAAAUUCGUCCAAGAAUUAUUUAUAAAAUAUAAAAUAAAAUAAAAUAAUCUAAAAAUGUCUGCAUCACCAAUGGCAAGACAAGCAUGGUCUCAUGCACAAACUAUUCCAACAAGAAAAGUUCUUGUAACUGAUCCAGCUCAAAUGCCAGAAGUUUACUCAUCAACUCCUGGUGGUACAUUAUACUCAACUACUCCUGGAGGUACUCGUUUAAUAUAUGAACGCGCUUUUAUGAUGAACUUAAAAAGUUCACCAUUAAGUCAAACCCCACCGAAAAAUAUACCACAAUGUCUGAUUAGAGGACAACCAAAUAUUCCAAUUAAAAAAUGUUUAGCAACCCCAGUUGCAAAAUCACCACCAAAAUCAUCAUCACCAUCACAUAAUAAACAUAAUGAUCAUGAUGAUCUAUUUGAAAUGGAAAUGUAAAACAGGAUGGUUCUUAAAAUAUUAUUAUUAUUAUUAAUUUAAUUAUUAUUAUUAUAAUUUAAUUUUUUUUUAUUAUUAUUUGCAUAUAAUUUAAAAUAAUAUUAAGAAUACAAAAUUAUAUAGUUAUAAAAAUUAUAUUGAGGUUUUAAAAUGUUACAUCAAGUACAUAUAUAUAUAUAUAUAUAUAUAUAUAUAUAUAAUUGUUAAAUAGAGAUAUUUAAUUUUUCACCUACUUUAAUUAAGUUCUCAUAUAUGCAAAGCAAAAAACAAAAAUUUAAAUGAAAUGUGAAAAAAAAAAUUAUCUUUUUUAUAUACUUUUAAAAAUUUAUUUAAAAGGUUGUGGUUUAAUGAAUUUUGUGAUAUUUUCACAUCUCAUUUAUUUUCUUUUUUAUGCUAACAAAUUGAAACUUAAUCAUUUUUUAAAUGAAUAAUUAAAAUUCAUACAUCUAUUGAAAAUUUUUGAAAAAUGUAAAACGUAAAAUUUUUAAAAGAGCUAAGUCCUUAAUUUUAAUUUAAAAUCGCUACAAAAAAAAAAGUCAAUAUUUAAAUGUUGAAAAAAAAAAUUAUAUUCAAUAUUACACUUUUUAUUUUAUAUAAAUUAUUAAAAUUAUGAUGCAUUCAUUAUUGGCAAUAAUCUAGAACAGAGAAAAUAAAGCAAAUUCAAAAAUAAUUUAAAACUGCCAUGAUUGAAAAUAAAAAAAUAACAUUAAUUAAAAAAAUUGUUUCAUAAAUAUUUUUACAUGUAAUUAUAAAUAUAAUUAGUUUUUUAUAAUCCAUAUAGAGAAAUAAUUUAUAUAAAAAAGAAAAAAAUAUAAUAAAAAUCAAACAAAAAUUUUUGGGAAAAAAAUAUAUAUAUAUAUUUAAUAUGUACAAAAUUAUUUUAUUUUUUUUUUUUGUUAUAAAUUUUAGUCAUAUUGACUAUUCAAACAUUGUACACGUAAAAUGAAUUAAUAAAUAUAUAUACAUAUAUAUAUAAGCUAAUUAUAAAUAAAAAUAAAAAUUAAAAAAAUAAAACCAAAAAAAAAUUUUUUUUUUAUAAAAUUUAAACUAAAAACUUUUAAUAUGUCCGCGUUCCCUUUUUACAAGAAAUAAAAAUAUUAAAACGGAAGAGAAAGGAAAUAAAAAAAAUAGAAUUUCUCAGUUUAAACAAAAAUUUGAUAAUACACAAAAUUAAUAAAUAAAAUAUAAUAAAAUAUAAUAAAAUAACUCGUACAAAAUUAAAUGCUGCGAAUGUGAUAAAAUUUUAUUUUUAAUUCUUACACACAUAAUAAUUACCAUUUUAAACACAAACCAUAUAAAAACUAACAUGUUAUGCCAUAAAUAAUUUUCAAUUUAUUAAUAAUAUACAAUUUUAAUAAAAAUAUAACUAAUUUAAAAAAAAAAUUUAAUAUGCCAUAAAAUUAUUCAAAUAAUAUUAGAAUUUUUAUAUCUAAUUAUCAUCAUCUCCAAAAAUCAAUUAGAUUGAUUAAUUUUGGUCUUUAUGCAUUAUUUAAAUAAUAUUAAAAAUUUCCAUUUUAAUCCUAAUGAAAUUUAAAUGAUUUUAAAAGAAAUAAAAAGUUAAAAUAUAAAAGAUUAAUUAUAUAACAAUUUAAAAAUAUUUAAAAAAAUAAUAAUUUAAAAAUUUAUCGGGUAAAUUUCAUAAAAUAAAAUUUUUUUAAAAAGCAAAAAUUAUAAAAAUUAAAAACUAAGAAUAAUUAAAUCUUUUAAAAUACUCGUUACAAUAAUUAUCACUAUAUAAAUGAACAAUAUGUAUAUAUAUUUAAUUAAAUUUAUUGUACAUGUAUAAUAAUAAUAAUGAGACGUGCACAUACAUAUAUGUACAUAAAUACGUAUAACAAUGAUUUAAAAAGAAUUCAGAAAUAAAGAGUAAAUAGCUAGUUUAAUUACAAUAAAAAAAAUAUACUUUAUAUUAUUAAUAUUAAUAUUCAAUAUUUAUUUUCAAAUUACAUAAUAUUUUAUACAACUAAAAUUUACAUUAUAACUCUCAUUUUUUUUGUUUGAUUUUUAAUUUUCCAUAUGUGAUAUUUCUGUAGUAAAAAAUGUAUUUUAAUAUAACAGAACAUUAAAUUUGAAAAACUUGUUAAAAUCAUAUUGUAUUUUUAAUAAUAAAAUAUUUAGAUAAUUAUAAUUAGCAAAAAAUAUGGAGUAAAGAAACUCUUUCAAUGGAAACAUUAAGUUGGUAUUAAACUAAAAAUAAAAAAUACUGAUUAUUAUAGGAGAAAAUAUUAAAAAAUAUAUAAGUAAACAUAAAGAAAUUUAAAUUUAAAGAAAAUUUGAGAUGUAAAAUUAUUAUUUUAAAAAAUUGAAAUUUAAAUAUGCUUCUCAAUAUUUUUUGUUUUUUUUUUUUUAAAAAAGAACUGAAUAUUAUGGAUAUUUUUACUAUGUAUAUAGUAGGUAUUCAUAAAUCGAUCUAAUAAUUAAUUUUUAAGUUAGUAAAACUAUUAUAAUAUAUAACAUGAUAUAACAUAUUGGACAAAUAACCUAAAUAUAUCUUUAAGAAUUUAUUAUUAGUAAAUUAAAUGAAAAUAAAUUUUUAAUUAUAAGAAGAAAA